CUCAACACAGCUUUCCAUGAUUUUUGAAUCGUAGUGCGAUCCAAACGUGCAACUCACCGGAUGAAGCUACGACGAUGGAGCGUCGCCAGGCUGCGUGCGAUCUUUCUCGGGCUGUUCGUCGUGUCUGUGGCGGUGACGUGGCAUGUUACCAUGGGCUUGCGCCCGGCUGCGCUUAGCCUGCGCGCGGACACCAGAGCCAAGAUGCAUGCAAGUGCCAAGGCGAGCACGGCGAGCCAAGAAGUUGUCGAGCACACCAAACUUCAACGGGUCGCCAUCAAAGCCGUGACGCCACCAGCCGCCGUUUUCUUUGCUCGAAUCAUUGGGAACGCGUUGCCUCCUCGCCACGACCCCACACGAACGCUAAUUAACCUCGAGUUUGUCCUCGCCCACGAGUUUCAAGAUUCUCGAGUCCAGAAACACUGGGUCUUGAACCGCCUGCUCAACUCCACCAUCGAACAAGCCAUCAUGUCCCUCCUCGAUCAAUACAACGCCAGGUUACUCGUGCCACCAUCUCCUCGAGCAAGAAACUCGCAUCCCACCAUCGUUAUAGCUACAGUCGCAUUCCUUUCGUCCUGGAAGAGUACGCGAACGCACAUUUCACGUUGUUCGACCAAGACGACAACUCCGACCACUUGCACUCGAAUGCGACGCUCGACGAGUGGAAUCAAAAUCUCCUCCUUUCAAGUAUCUAUGACGCAAAGAACUUGUACGCCAUGAGCAUCAACCAUGCUCGCAAUGCCAUGAUCGAGCUCGGCAUUGCCAAAGGAGCCAAGUGGAUUCUCCCGUGGGAUGAAAACUGCUUCCUGACAUCAAAGGCGUGGGACAUGAUUGCCCACGACCUGUUCACUCCAGACGCCGUUGACGACGAUGCGAUCAAAUACUUUGUGGUCUGGAUGGACCGACUCAAAGUCGAGAACGACGUGGUGCUUGAUCCAGCGUACGUACCCAAUGCAUGGGAAGAGCCGCAGAUUAUCUUUCGCCGGGACGCCACCGAACGAUUUGACGAAGCACUUCGAUACGGUCGCCGCGACAAGGCAGCUUUGCUCAUUCGGCUGAAUGUCCCAGGAGUGUGGUUUGAAUGGGGCUGGUCGGCAUGGGAGCGCUUGCGAACCUUUGACAAUCCGUCCAGCGAUGGAAGUCGCCGCUCCACGGACAACCGUCCCAAAGUUCCAUCGACUGGGUUUGUGAUUCGGCUCUAUUCUGGCAACCCAGUCUACGAGGACCAAGCGUUUGGGUUUCACCGGGAAAUGGCUCGAGCAGAAGCAAUUGCUCGACAGCUAGAGUCGCUCGAGGAUCAAGUGAUGCGCGACGUCUUGCAAUUCCACCCGACCAACUUGGUCGUGUACAGCAAACACAAGUUGUUACGAGCCAAACAACUUUUCCAAACCCAAGUGGAUACAUCCCCACUUGACCCUCCUGACAACGACCGCGCCAUCGUGGUGGACGUUCUCAAGCAGGCUGAUCGUGCCAUGCGUUUGGUGGCGAUGCCAACUGCAUCAUUUGUUCGCGCCAAGGCAACUCCCCAGGACGUGUCCGUCGCGUUUGAAUCGAUGGUGUACAACUUGACAGCGCUCGUGUUUGGGUCGUUCAUCUCGAACAACGAAGAUUACGCGCACCAUGCGCUGCAAUUGCUGCACCAGUGGUUUAUUCGACAACCCGACGGCACACUCCCGCAUCCAGCUAAGCUUGUGAGGAGUGGCCAGUUGAUGACGAUGCGGACGCUUCCGCUGUUUCUCGACACGGUCAAACUUUUCCACGACAGCCACUUGGACGCGUACACGUCGGGCGUUCUGCUCCACGUACGGACGUGGCUUCGAAAGUACUACGACGACUUGGCACUCGACAAAGCGUACCGACCCAACGUGGCAUCUCGCUGGUUUCGUUCGGCCAGUCGACGUGGGAUGCAUUACGAUAUGCAAAUGGCGAGUCUUGCGGCCUACUUUGACGAGCCUGCUGUGUAUCGAUACCAUGCCGACACGGUGCAAUCGCGGAUGCUCUCGGACGGCGUCUCGAUUCCAACGAUGCGCGAUUGGGUCCACAUGGCGACGAUCGCGCAGUCCGCCGGCAUCGACGUGUGGGAAUUUCACGACCAUCGGCUGUGUGCGAAUGUGGCCAUGCGAAUUCCGUGCUGCGGAAAUUCGUCCACUUACGAGUGCACCGCCGCGACGACCGCCGACGUGAUGUUUGCGAACGGGUGGGACAUGCUGCCGCUGGUGUUGUCCAAGUGCGUCCAGUGUUCCGCCUUGGCAACGGUCCAGUUGGAGCAACUCGACGACGUGGUUUCGUUGCACGUGGCCAGAGCAUGGCACGUUCCGCCAUUUCUACACCUGUGGCAGACCUAACAUGCUGUGUGUACAUAUACGACGUGGAUGCGUCGACAAACGGCAUCGAUCCAUGCGAUUCAACUGGUCGCGCGUUCCAAACUCGACCAACGCCAGCAUUCAGACUACUACCGCACGUUAGAUUGCGACGGCACGAGGUGGGAUGGCCAGAGCUUGGGGCUCAAGAACUUGGGACGUUGGGUGGCGCGCAAGGGGAGGCGCUGCGAGAAUACGAUCGACGAGAAUGCGACGAACUCUUGGAUCAGCUUGAGAGUUGAGCGCCGUGGAAUCUACUGGGCGGGGGCUUCAUCGUGCGCA